AUGCAUUUACCUGAAAUAAAAUCAAUAAUUAAUAGUGAUAUAAAAAGUACAGACUUAAAUAGAUGGCGACUAAAAGUUGAAGAUGGUAGACAGACAUGGCAUUAUUUAGAUGAGGAUGAGGCUAAAAAUUGGCCUCAAUCUGUCAUUGAAAAGUAUUGGAUUGGAUUACAUUUUGAAUCAAAAACAUUUGAAAAGCCAAAAACAGCUUUCGAAGCAGCCCAAAAUGGGUUCGAAUAUUUUAAGCAAUUACAAACUUCUGAUGGGCAUUGGGCAGGUGAAUAUGGUGGGCCAAUGUUUUUGAUACCAGGACUUAUUAUCGCAAUGUAUAUUACGCAUAUUCCUAUCCCGGAAGUUUGGGGAAUCGAAAUUAUUCGAUAUUUGGUAAAUAAAGCAAAUCCUGUUGAUGGUCGUUUUUGGGUUCAUACUCGUGCAGUAUACCUCCCAAUGGGAUACUGUUAUGGACGUAGAUUAAGUGCCGAAGUUACUCCAUUAAUCGAACAACUUAGGCAGGAAUUAUAUGUUGAACCAUUUGAGACAAUUAAUUGGUCUAGUGCCCGAAAUAAUAUUGCAGAUGUUGAUCUUUAUGUUCCGCAUACCAAAACAUUAAA